AUGCCACCGAAUCAUUCAGCAGGCCAAAUCGCAGCUGAUGCUCGUCUGUGUGGCGGCAGCAGAGACCAAAGCCCGCCAAUGCCAGGAACAGUUCGACUGAGACAUGUACAAGAUGGAGCAAACUCGCAACGAUCCAGUGUCCAGCCAACGUCUGACCGAUCCGAUGGUCGACAUCCUCCAGCGUCGAUUCAAGCAUAUCGAAGAGCGCAUACAACGGCUCUACCACAUGAAGGUGAAUUUUUUCGAAGAAGCUCUGGGGGUCACGAGCAAGUAACUGUGAGCCGUCGCAGCGAUAUUUAUACAGACACCAUUGGCUGCUCACCAAGUCUGAUUAUUGGCGCUGAUCAUCAUCUGUCCGACGAACAAGCUUGCCUGCUCGGUCGUGGUCCCACCUAUGUUCCAUCGUGUUUCAUGCAUGUCUCUCCAUCAUUGUCGUUCGAAGAAACCUGGUCCAAGCAGUGGAGUCUCCUUCGGCAACAGUUGACCUUGUUCUUCUCACGAUACAGUGUGAGUAUCAAUCGGAAGACGACGUUUCAAGCCGCAUCGAAGACGCUCUUUCAAGAAUCCUUCUCCGCACCCUUACCGACUUCGAUUCAAAUCCGUGCCGCCCACGAGUGCCGUCUCGUUCGAUCCGUCCGCCGACCAUUGGCCGACGAACAACUGAUACUGCGACGGACGGCCGAUGAUAGCAAUGUCUUCUAUCUCGGUCGAGCCAGCGAAUUCCAAGCCAAAGCCGAUGAUUACCUGAAGAACAAUACCUCGUUCGAAAAGCUCAGUGCCAUCGAUGAGCACACUCCGCAGCAACCACAAUUGGAGGAAAUGCUCAAAUCAAUCGAUGCCAUUCUGCAAAACAUGCGUCAGAAUCGGCAGAUCGGCGAACAGCAUUUACGAGCGAUGCAACCGAAGAAAAUACUACGACAAAGUGCUUCUCACCUGGAAUCCCUCGAACGAGCGCUUGCAAGUGCUGCUCACCGAGCUGAACCAGAAGCAUCCGGACAUCCGAAUGACCACAGGCAUCGGCUCCAGUGUGCAUUUUCUCGGGGCGCACAUCGAGAAUCGUCGCGGUGA